GAGGAGCAGCGCAGAUGAUCAAGGAGCUACAAGGAGAAACGUUCUUCCUCUGCUCAAGUCCAGUGAAAAGAAGCGAAGAAGCAGCAAAAAAGAGAGAUGGCAGCCCAGACUCAGCAGCCUCACCUGCACCUGGCCGAGCUCACUGCAGCCCAGUUCAUCGACAUCUGGAAACAUUUUGAUGCAGACGGAAAUGGUUACAUUGAAGGCAAAGAGCUGGAAAACUUCAUCAGAGAGCUGGAGACGGCCAGACGAGGAGCAGGCAUGGAUCCCUCGCAUGCCGUAAUCAAGGAAAAGAUGCGGGAGUUCAUGGCCAGUUUCGACAAGAAUUCUGACGGAAGGAUUGAGAUGGCAGAGUUGGCUCAGCUUCUGCCCACAGAAGAAAACUUCCUGCUUUGUUUCAGAGAGUUUGUGGGAUCCAGUGCUGAGUUCAUGGCGGCCUGGCGGAGGUACGACACUGACCGCAGUGGAUACAUAGAAUCGAAUGAACUGAAGGGUUUCCUGACAGACCUUCUGAAAAAAGCUAACAGAAGCUAUGAUGACAAGAAGCUCCAUGAGUACACACAGACUAUUCUAACAAUGUUUGAUCUGAAUGGCGAUGGGAAGCUGGGUCUCUCUGAGAUGGCGAGACUCCUACCAGUACAGGAAAACUUUUUGCUGAAGUUCCAGGGCAUCAGGCUCACCGUCAAGGAAUUUGACUCACUCUUCACACUCUAUGAUAAGGAUGGUAAUGGCUACAUCGACGAGCAGGAGCUGGAUACUUUGCUGAAGGAUCUCUGUGACAAGAACAAAAUGGAUACGGAUGUAACAGGACUGUCGGGCUAUAAGAAGAGCAUCAUGGCGCUGUCGGAUGGAGGGAAACUAUUUCGCGCCGAGCUGGAGAUCGUCCUCUGUCGGGACUCUACACUGUGAGACUCCGGCCCUUUUCCCUGGCCCCACUACCUCCUUCCUACCUCCUGUGCAUGUAUGACCUUUAACCCCGCUUACACUGGUAGAGAGAAAACAAAAAGUGCUCCUGAAAGCACUGGCCCUGACAUUUCAACUUUUUUUUUUAAACAUAACAUAAAAAUCCAUAGUGAAAUAGUCCUAGCAAUCAAAUAUAUUGUGUACUUUCCCAUUUUAAAAUGCAUUUACAGUUUUACAUUAAUCCACAUGUGUCAAAGAAGGGCUGAGACACUGCAAGUGUUCUUUCCAACCAGUUUCUCCAGCAGGUGAUUAAAUUGAUGAGCCCCUUCCCUCAAAUUGAUCUUAAAAUCACCUGGAAAGAAAACCUGCAGUGUCUCGUCCCUCCAUGGCAUGAGUUGACACCCCUUGCAUUAAUCCAACUAUAACUUUUGUUCAUGUAUUCUAUUUAUUUUACUUCAAUUCAUGGCGGUAUUGUUUUUUUCAUGAGGCUUGUACUGUUCUAUUAAAUAUAUUGCAGAGAGAAUGAAUAAAUAUAACAUAACAGA